AAAUAGAUAUGUACACGUAGCCCACGCGUUUAACCGUCUUUUCAAAAUCGGAGCUUUUGAUUGGCUGGGCGUUUCCCGCGAGCCAAUCACCUCCUCCGCCUUCUUAGCGGAGUUGUGAAUGCUUCCAAAAUGUCUUAGACUCUUCCAACGAAAGGAUAUCCCAGUCUUCAAACCGUCUAAGUGAUCGAGCAGGUGUCUUGUCUGCCUCAGUCCCUCCUGUAGGUUGCUGAGCGCUGAGAGUGAGAUCCAACAGGGAAUGAUGGAAGAUCGCCCCAGGGAGCUGUCCAUGCUUCCCCGACGUCUCAGCAGCUCUCAGACGAACCUCUCUAAUGUCUCCGGCCCUGCCCUCUCCCGGCCUCAGCGCCAUCACUCUGGGUCCUCGUCUCCGCGGCGUCUCAGCGGAAAUGUCACUCCCGACAUGCUGCCCCGCAAGAAGUCCAUCAACGAACUCACGCCCAACAUGCUGUCUCGCCUCUCGGUUUUCGAGCAGCAGGAGGAAGCUGGGGACUGGAGCGGAGGAGCUGGUCUCGAGGAUGCCAGGCCGCGGGGUUUUCGGAGGUCAAGCAGGGACGGCGUGCACGGAGGUCGCAGGUCUUCGAAGGGGGAGGUUUACAAAAAGGAACGUCACAGGUUGACAAAAGAAGAAAUGGAUCAUAGAGUGGAUCGAGGAAGUUCCGCGAGAGACGCUCGUGGAAUGCCAAUCCGGGAGGAAAGUUUGGAACGUCGCAAGUCGUCGGGGAAGGAAUAUGCAGAGAGUUAUGCAGAAAGUACGCCCGAUUCGGAACAAAAUCAGCCUCAGAAAUCCAUUGGCACCAAAGUCUUCGAUUAUCUCGUGCGCAGAUUCAGCAGCACAGAAGAAAGUGUCUCUCGAGAUGCGUCUGCUGUCAGGCCCCCCGCUUACGCCACGCAAGACGACAGCGUUAUGGAAUUGGAAAGCCAAACCUCAGAGAAGGAUGAAGACGGCCUGAGCAUCGAGGAGCAUCUGAGCUCGACUGGAUACGGUACAGAUGCUCAUAUCCUCGACUCGACUUCUUAUGAAACACAUGACUACUUCUAUGAAGAGAAGGACAGUGAAGUAUAUGCUCUAAACGACGAACAGGUUUCACUUACCGAUUCAACCGAAAUGCUAGAACAUAGAGAAAACAGAAAGAAGACAAUUGAUUCAGAAGUCUUUGGUUUCGUUGUUCGGAGACUUAAUGACGAACAAAUGUCUAAUACUGAUACUGAAUCAGAAGGACUAAUAGACUUCGAAGAUGAAGAUGACGUACUUAGUAGAUCGGCUAAAGUCACUUCAUAUUACGAAAGCACCCUGAGGCAAAAGGAAAAGGAAAAGGAGACCGCAAAAAGACUCGCUAUAAUUCAAGAUGAGAAUGGAAGGAUUCUGCCAACGAUCGAAAUAGAGGAGGCCGAUCAGCACGACGUGCCCGAUAUCAAGAUCAGGGCAGCGGGUCACAAGAAGAAGAAAACGUCCAUGGCCAAGGGCAUCCUGAAUUACCUAUUCCGGAAUCGGAUAUCCGACCUCGAUGCCUCGCCAAUCAGUAAAGCCUCGCCCGUUGAAUCUCGUGUCCUGGAAAGCCCCUCCUCGAAGGCGGAAGAGGCCGUCCGCGAUUUCCUUGCCGAGAGCUGCGUCGCAAAUCCUUCUGAGGCCAGCGAGGGUGGCGCCGUGGAAGCGGCCGAGGUCCCUCCUGCGUUUGAUGGCCACGAUGAAGACUUCAGGAAAGAAUCUGAUUUAGUACCAAGCACGACAGAGGAGGGUAGUGUUCUAUCAAGCGAAUCUCUCCCUAUGCGGCUCUUGAAGUGGACUUUCGGCAUGACAUCCAAAGAUGACCCAGACACUCCUAAUGAUCCAGAGAGGUCGCCAGCGAACUCAGACCAGCCAUCUGACAACCCCGAAGGAACUGGAGAAAAGUUCAUAAGCGAAAUCAUUCCCGAAGAGGCAGAGGGAUCUGUGGAUGAAGAUGACGAAACCUUGGCUCAGAAGCCUGACGAGAAUGACAAUUUCUUGGAGCAGAAUCAAUCUGACGACAGAGACUUGGUGAUCCUUAUAGUGUCGCUGCUUCUUGUCGUUUAUAUCUUGACAUUAUAAGCGAUGUCACAAUCCUUCAGUCUACUUGGACCUGAAGCACAAUCGGCAAUGAAGGCUGACAACGCUACAAAAGCACAUUUGUUCAUACAUAUUUUAGGUGAAUCAAUGUACCGUUUGUUCUAUUUUAUGUGCUAUUCAUCAAACUAUAUCACAUCGCAUUUUUUACAGACUAAUAUAACAUUCCAUGUAUUCUAUAUUCUAUAUAUCAUAAUCAUAUGUAAUCAUAGCCCAGAUGAUUCCUAACUUUUGUUUGUGAUAGUGUCGGUAGAGUGGCCUAUAAUUACAUACAUCCACAUAACCUGUCACCUUAUUUUACACAGUCCAUCUAAUAUAAUUUACACUGUUCAUUUAUCUAAUAUAAUCUACAUCCACAAUCACUAUGUUCUUUUCUAAUAUUGUAUUAUCAUGUUUAUCUAACCCAGCAAUAUAUAUCACUGCCCUCGUAAUAUAAACUCCAAAUGUCCUGAUAAUUAGUACAGCACCUCAUGAAAAUGCAUUUCAUGGAGCACAUUUGCAUUUCCUAAGUUUAUAUGAGGAAGUAUAUUAGUGCUUCAAUUAUCUUUACACUCUAACGAGGCAAUUAUGUAUCUCUUUAUGUAUGAAUAUCAUUACUUGUAAGUGUGAAGUAUUCAAAUGACCAGUAAUAAUACUCCAAUCAGAAAAGUU